CGGCGGCGGCUCUAGUCGCACGCGUGCGAGAGAGACGAUCACGACGAUACUCGGCGUGCGGUACUCUUCUUAACAGACGCGGAACGCGCGUCACACACAUAUUAUAUGCGACAGUGACCAGCACACUACCGGUCGUCCCUCCGUGGUGAUUCCGUGCAAGAUUUUCGCGAAAAGAUCGAAAGCAAUUUGCGCUCGCGCACAUCCGAAGGAAAAUUAAGUUGACGAGACGACGAGACAUUGUCCUGCUCCGAGAGAAGAGAGGACAGCGAGCUCCGAUUUGACUCUGUCUUCUAAAUCACAUUUCUUAGGAUACACGCGCUUCAUAACGAUCUCUCUCUCUCUUUCUCUCCCUCUUAGAUAGUCACGCACGGAGCACUCGCGCGAGAAAUCGAUUCGUUCUUUGAGGGUGACCGACGGUGGGUUUCUUGUGGAAUCCGUGAAUUAGUACAAGGGAGAUCACUAGCCGAUACGUCAAGGAGUGGUGAUCUCGUGAGAACAUUUGACGAGGAACGGCUCCCGGAUAAUACUGAUGAAGAUCCAGGAAGCAUCAUCUUUUGAUAACAACUUAGAGAGUAUUCUAUCAGGGUGGCUUCACGAGGGAACGACGCCUCGUAGCAUGUCGGCUAUUCGUAUCAAAGUGGAAGAGGUUUCCAACAGCGGCCAGGAUAUCAUUAGAGACAUCGAGACGACGGCGGUAGCUGCCGCCAACCCGCUUUCCUGGCACAUCCCAAGGCCGUCCUUGGUCGGACGCAGCGAGAGGGACAGCGAAAAUGGAAGCUGGGCUCAUCACUUGCAUCCGAACUCCCCCUCGAGAGGGUCGACGUCGUCUCAAGGAUCUACUGCCAGUACACACAGCGCCGCGUCGGGAACGUUGCUACUCACGGCCGCGAAUCUGGCGAAUCUCGCCGCCAUACAUCCGCCCACGGUAACGGCACCAAAGCAGAUGGACACUGCCUCGGUGGCCAGCAGCACCCACUUCACGGUCGUGAACGGUCUCGGCAGACCGACUACCGUCUACAGGAAGUCUUGGUGCGCGCGAAAUCAGCUCACCGUUCUCGUAUGCACUAUGAGUUUUCUGUUUAUGGUCGGUCUGCUCGCCGGGAUUCUUUACAUGGAAAUGAGGGCUCGCGACAAGUACAACUAGGCCGAGGGUGAGCGAGGGGAGGAAGAAACAGCGACGACACGUGACCGUGAAUGAUGAUCAUAGUGAUAGAAACGAGCAACGAAGGAAAUGACUACUUUAGAGAGAACGGGAAAAAUCAUCUCCAUGAAGAUUAGAGAGAGAAAAGAAGAAAUGUACGAUCCAGUCACGAUAUUAAUUUGAUUUACUCAUAUUUAUACGUAUAUGUACAUCUGCGUUGUAAGCCAUUCAGGCCGUUCUCAGUUAGUAGACGUUCCCCGGCGAUGGUUAAAGUCUUAAGCGUAUACUGUAUAGAAUCUUAAGUGUAUUGCACCGCGACAAAAGUGUGGUACGUGAAAACCAGUAAUUACAUUUGUGUAAUGAGCGACGUACUGUUAGGGAAUUGACGAGAUCCUCGCGAUGGGAUAGCCUUGCGUAUUUAUGCUGGAAUUUAACGGAUUCUUCGGAUCGUACUGCGAGACACGAUUCGGCGAAUAACGUAAAUAUUUUUAUGUUAAUUAACUUCUUACCGCGUAGCGCGUGUCAUAUAGAACACAAGUAACUUUCUCUAAAAAAUUUCUUCACUAUUUUACUGUGUGGUUAUGACAUCUCUCUCUGCACGCCGCAUAAUUUUUUACAUAGAAAGAUAUAUGUGGUAAGGGGUUACGGACGACGGUGACACAUCACGUGGUUUGCGAUUGCUCCAAAUAAAACGUACUUUUCGUAUACGUUUUCAGUGUUUCUCCUACGUAGUUCUCAACUGAUUUAUCAUUUACUGUAAAUCGCAUUGACAUUAUCGAGAGCCAAUAACGGAGAAGAGGUACAUGAUAAAAUAUCACUGGAGUGUCACUAAUCCUAGUCGUCCAACGAAAUCUCAAAUAUGGGGCCUUAUUCUCGAAAAAUACCUCGUACGAAAAUAAUAUAGUAUAUGUUACAUAUAUUACAAAAUUUUCGUAUGUUAUAGAUUUCGUAUGAUAUAGAUUUAAAAAUAUGAGCCCUGAUAGUAUUUUCAAUAACAAAUACCGACGGACAGUUUGAAGCAAUCGACGAGAUGGGACCGAGAUAGCAAAUAUCUAUUUAGGACCUAUAAUUUAAUUUUUACUAACAAGCUACCUUAAUAAUACCUGGAUUUCCGUCGGAUUGUUAUUCCGGGAGCAAAUGUAAACGGAAAAGCAAUGAAGGGCGGUCGCAUAGAUCGCUUUUCGCGUCUGUGAUAUUACUUGCGUAUUAAUCGUUGAUUCAACAAGAAACUGUCAAAUAUA